UUCUCUCUUUUCUCUUCCAGAGCAUGCCUGGCAGGCCCUUUCCCCUGCUCCAGAUCAGCGAGCAGCCAUGGCCGGCUUUUACCCUUGCCAAGGCAAAUCGCGGGGGAGGGCCACCACGCGCCAUGUCCUUCCACCCACGUGAGAGGAAACCAUGGCAGGGUGCUCCACGCUCGCGCAGAUCUCCCGAGGAAGGAGGAGACGAUGGAGUGGACGCCGGUGAUGGCGUACCCCCGCGCGCAACUGGCGAGUGGUUCCCCGGCUACGGUGGAGUUGCAAGCGGCAAGGGGCAAAGCUGCAACCAACAAGCGGCGGAGCUGGAACCGGCCUAAGAAGGAGCUGGAAACAAUGUUUUUUUUGCUGGAAAAGGGCUAUUCAGAGCUACGACGAUGGAACAACACACUUUUUUGCUGGAAGAGAUGUUUCUUUUUGCUGGAAGCGUCACUUUGGAUUGCUACUGUCGAUGCAUCACGACGAGCGGCAGAGCUUCAUAUCUGCAACGGGGACAAGAGAAAAGCUACGACAGAUGAGGGAAAAAGCUACAACCAGUGUUUUUUUCUUGUCACCGAUGUGUGGUUUUCUUUCACUGGGACGUACGACCUAUGGUGGCGGACGGCGGCGCCGGCAACACGGUGAUGGCUCGAGGUUGCAACCAUUGUCAUUGUUGCUACUACGGUGCACACGAAUUGAUACAUCCGUUGUCUGUUUUGGCUACUACCAUGAAUGCACAGUCAACAGAUUUUUUUCUUA